AUGGCUUUAUUCACAAAAGAGCACGACGAAAUACUAAGUACUGUUAGUUGGGUUACCUUAAGCAUUACCUCAAAAUCAACAGCGACAGUAACGACCAGUAGUGGUGACUUGAUACCCUCUACAGCAACUACAGUGACCUCCUCAAAAACAACCAAUGGAGAAGAUACAGCUGCCGCUAAUACUACAUUCCUUGUAAAGUCGUAUUUUAGCACAGAUAGGUAUCUUGUCCUGAUAACUAAUCUCAGAUACGUGUGGCUUGAAGAGUUAAUUGGCGAUGAUAUCAAGAAACGGUGUAAAGACACCAAGUCUGGCUUAGACUCCGAUGAUUUAGAAAGCCUGUUGAAAUCAUUACCUAGUUUCUUGAAAAACCUACCAAAUCUAACACAUGUAUUGCGAAAAACCAACGAAGAGCUCGAACUCAAAUCCACGCGAACUCUCAAAUGGGGCGAACUAUUUUGGAAUUUCCGAUGUAAAUUGAUCCCAAAUGCGCACACGUUGCACGACGGAGACGAAGAAUACGAUCUAGACGGCGCGUCUAUAUUGUAUCGACAUUAUGUUUUGCCGCAGCGGAUGGUGUUGGAUGCGUACUUUGAGCAGAUAAAGACGUUGAUUGGGGUGGUAAAGCAGCAGGAUGAUGAGUUGAAGGAGUUGGAUUCUUUGAAGGGACAGCAGAAUGAAAAAAAUUCUUCGAAGAAAAAGCCUCGUACGCCUUUUGAUGUCGAGAAUACUUUCCAAGUAAUAGAAACGAGAUUGCAAAGUUCCAAAAUAUCCACCGGACAAGUCCCACUAGAAAAUUUAAGCGACUCGCGUACCUCGCAUCUCUUUACAAAAGCAACAGAACGCGUCAUUGAAGAAUAUAAAAAGGAGGAAGAGUCGAAGCGGAAGAAGUCUCUUCAUUUCGAAACGCCGUCAAAUCCUCCUUCAUUACCAGCUGCUGGACAGAACGAGAAUGACACUGUCGAUGAUGAAUUAUUUAGAACGCCGAAAAAAGAAAAGGCUAAAGCUGCCCAUGUGACUAAACCUCAACGGGAUGUUUCGUCAAGUGUAGAGGCUGCUACUGCUACUUCGAGUACUUCUGCCGCUACCAAUAUAUCUAAACCGGGAAACUCUACAGCAGCAGAGACCAGAAGAUUGUCAUCGCCUAAAGCCAAAAUUGAUUCUGUUACACCUCAGCAAAAAACGGCUGAAACGAAUAAUGAAAAUAAUAACAAUCCACAAGAAAGUGAGGAAGCACGACGUCGUCAAUUACAAGAAUUGAAGGAAGAAGGCGCAGCAAAGAAGCGCAAAAAGAAGAAAAUAUAA